UGUACAAGUAUCCUGUGACCUGUGCCAUUCAAUUUAGCUUGGCCAAUGGUUUUUAGUUUUUAAAAUAAUUAAACAAUGAUAGUGUAUCGUUUUUCAAUUUUGAUGGGUAAAAAGCAUGCAGUAAUUUAUUUUGAUAUUUGCUUGUAAAGAGAAACUAUGUAAAUCUUCUUUAUUAAAUAUUGUUGAUGGAUAUCUGCAAUAUCAAAAUGAACGACGGGGAUUGGAUAUGCAGUGAUCCAAAUUGUGGAAAUAUAAACUUUUGCCGAAGAAAAUCUUGCUAUCGAUGUAACAAGGAACGCCAGAAUGGUGGGCCGUCAUUUAAAAAGAAAUUAGGUACAGAAAUAGGAAAGUCUGCGGCAGAGAAAUCUCGCGGCUUGUUCAAUGCCGACGAUUGGCAAUGUAAUAAGUGUGCAAAUGUCAACUGGGCCCGGCGACCAACAUGUAAUGUUUGUCAUUCGCCAAAAUUUGGAGAAGUAGAAGCCCGAACAGGUUACGGAGGCGGCUAUAAUGAACGGGGAAUUGUUGAGUAUCGUAAGAAGGAUUCGUCAUCUGACGACGAAUAUGAUGAGUUUGGGAGAAAAAAAAGGAAACGCAAAUCAGAUGCUUCCGACAUGGUUGGCAGUCAUCAAGUAAUCACUGAUGGACCUGUUAUGAAAAUAUUUCCAUCAGCGAGGCAGAAGGGAAUAAGAGGAAACGAAACAGUAACAGGAAGUCUAAGCGAUGGUUCUAACUGUGAUGUAGCUGUUACAUCUAUAUAUCAGACAAAAGUACAAAACCAUAUAAAUAAUAAAAAAAACCAUACACACCCUUCAUUAAAUAGUGCAAAUCAACGUAAACGCUAUACUAGUGUGAGUGAUAAAGACCAGUCUGGUUCUUCGAGUCAUGAAGGUUAUGUUAAAAGCAAUCCUGUUAUGGAAAACAGAGUUUCAUCCACUAAUAAUGAUGUGGUUUAUAAAUUUAGUGGACCAUCUUCUUCAGAUGUAUUUGAAGUGACAUACACCAUUGAGGAAAGAGUUAAAGCUGCAGCUUUUGCUAUUGUUUACAAUAAUUGUAAAAUAAGCACAGAUAAAUUUGAAAAUUUGUAUGAUAAACCAGCUCCUGAUUUCAAAACAAUUUUUGCCUGGAGGCAAAAAUUACUUAGUACUGGUUGUUUAGUUGACAAUCAUGUUGAGAAAGUGGUUCAGAAUUUAGUAAGUAAGAAUAAUGUAACAUCAAAAAAAGCACCUAUAAGGCUUUCCAAUCCAGAAGAAAUUCCUAUCAACUUCGAUAGUGAUGAAGAAACUGAUAAGCAUGUUGAAAAUGCAACCUUAUGUACUCAUAAUAGAAGUGGCAGUACAGAAACAUUGUUGAUUGACAAAGAACAAAAACCACCAUCUUGUGCUGGAAGUGUUGUAGAGGAUAGACACAAAAGUCAAACCUCAUCAAGAACAUCAAGAUCCAGUUCAAGAGACAGUAGAGAUUCCAAAUCAUCUGAUUCAGAUGUUGAACUUGUGGAGCCAGAAGAAACAAUAAAUGCCAGAAAUAAUACCGGCAAUGUUUCUAAUCAGCCAGAUAGUGAUUCAGAUUCAGUAUCAUAUAGUAGUGAGAAAAUAGACUUUCGAUCCAGAGUUUUUGCUGACAAAAAAUCAAUAUGCAGAACAAAAAAAGUAGCUUGCAGUAAAAGUGACACUCCUUGCUCUAACACAAAUCCAAAUUUCCAAGGCUACACGACUCAGAAACAAAUUGAGAAGUCUCCUUUAGCAACUGGUAAUAUCUACUUGCCAAGUUUUCGUAAUAUGAAUGUUAGGAAUCAAGACAAUGUUGGUGAUAAUGAUGGAUUAUCUGCUGAAUAUGUACCAACAAUGAUGGCAGCAACUGCUAAAAAACAUUAUCAAGACUUCAAAAACAUUGUUAAAAAGAAAGGAUACUGGGCAAAGGGUAAUGGGAGCUCUCUAAAUAGAAAUGCUUCAGUCCCAUUACAUGAUGGAAUUGUAAAGGCAACUCCAGCAAGAAGCUAUUCUUCUACUCAACCAAUUCAAAUGUACAAUAAGCCACCACCAACAUUGCCAAAUCAUACAUCAAACUUUGAAAUACCAGGUUUGAAUUGUAGAAAUGUUAAGAAUGAUUAUAGCACAAAUACAUCGAAACCAUAUGAGUCAAUAUUAAACUUACCUCCUCCCAAGCAAGAUUAUUCCUUGUCUCAAAAUACAGAUGAUGCAAUGUGUGCGGACUUCACUAAGGAUAAGCUAGAUAGUUCAACUGUCCUUGACAACUAUAUCUCCUUUGGACCACCUAUAGGAUCCACUCCUAGUAAGAUAAAACCAGUGGAAACUAAUACACGUGUUUUUGAUAUUGCGCAAACAAAUUCCAUAAGUAAAAAUAAAAAUAUAAUGGACAUAUUUAACACUGAAAGAGAACAAAGUCCUGAAACUAACAACAUAGAUAAGUAUGAUGAGUUGAGAAAAAAUUUAGAAAAUACUUGGAAUGUUGAUGAUGACGAUCUCUAUAAAGAUACUGAAGAAGAGUCUAAUCUAAAAGAUUUGGUUACCAACAAUUUGAGCCCAACAUCAAAUACUUUAUAUAACUCAACUGAUAGUAAGCUUGAUUUUACAACAAUUGUAGAAAAACGCAACGAGAUGCUUGACGUAUUAAAUGACUUGCAAGGUAAUGAUUGUACAACCUUGCCGAGUCAUAAUAAUUGUAAAAAACUAGGUUCUGAGGAGACUGAAACUCAAAUGUUCUCACAUAGCAUAACAAACAUUCCAUUGCCUGAUGAUUCCAUUCAUGCUUUAAAAGAUUGUUUAGAUACUGCUGACUCUUUAGAGAAGUCUAACACAGUAAGAAAUAUAAGUCCCUUGAAAAAAGUACAUGUUUUAGAAUCAGUUACAAUCAAACCCAAAGAUCCUGUGCCAGCCACAACUGUGGGAAAUGAAAUAAGUUUGCCAAAAGAAAUUGAAACCAUCAGUGACGUGCCUAAAAAACCGGACAAUCAAAAUCACUCUACACUGGAUUUAUCUAACAUUCUAAAUAAUAUUAACACUGACACACUGCUGUUGGCCCUCAAAAAUUUGCAACAGCUCUCUCAACCACAACAAGUAACAGAAACAACAGAGGACACAAAACAAGAUACUAAUGUUGAGACUAUAAACUUAACUAAUGAUGAAUGGGAACUGGAAUCUGUCCAACAUGAAAGUAUUGAGAGGGAACUACAAAUGUUGGAUGGCAACAAAGGUGAUACGCCUUUCUUGAGUGAUAUUUUUGAUCCCGGCCCAAUCACUAUGCCACUUAACAUUAAGCUUAACUUGAAUUGUAAAAGUUUGGAAGAGAAAUCGAAAUGCUUAGAUGAAAAUGGACCUGUUAUCGGCAAUUUUAAAAGCUUUGCACUGCCUAAACCAUUAAUUUUAAACAGACCUAAAUUGACAGUCAAGCAACCGGAGAGAAAAAAAGGUGAAGGGAAAAGAAUGAAGAAAAAGAAAAAGGCAUCAACAUCAGCGGAAGGAAGGAAGGAAGGCGAUGAUGGCGCCGAAGAGGAUGAUGAGGAGGAAUCUGGUGAUGAGGCUGACCUGUCCAAAUAUGACCUUUGGGGCAGUGACGAAGAGAAGGCAAAUUCCCAAAAUGAAAAUGCUGAUAAAAAUAUCGCUUCUGAAAACACGGAGACAGCACCUGUGGAUGACAGAAAGUCGCCAGUAGAAAGAAAACGAAAGAGGUCAAGAUCAAAGUCAAGAUCCAGGUCUAGAAGCUCUUCAUCGUCGUCAAGUUCGUCUUCGAGCUCUAGUUCUAGUCACAGCUCCAAUGGACAAACGCCAAAAAACAAGUUUGACGAUUUCAAUUUGAACAGCGAGCGGGAGUCCCCGAGCGACUCGCCCAAAGAUCGUAAAGAGACGAGAUCUCGUUCGCCAAGGUCGCGUUCUUCGAGUGCGCCGGGCCGACGCCGCUCUAGGGAUAGUCGAUCUGCUGGAGAGACCAGGUCGUCUCGAGACAAAGAAUGGUCCCGGGACCGAGAAAGGCGGGACAAAUCACGCGGAAGUCGGGACAAAAAGGCCCGUCGAUAUAGCAGAGAGGGCUCCGGAAACCAUUAUGGCGCUCAUGGGAGACAUCGUUAAUUAUCUUUAGUACUUUUUUUAAUUUGUUUAAAUUAUUUGUGCCCAACAAGUUGUGUGUGUUUGAGAUUCACAAAAUGACGGUACUUUGCAAUUUGGAAUGUGUGUACAUUGUAGAAAUUAACAUCAAUAUGAAUUCCCGGUCUCGAUGCAUUAGCACAAACUUUCGAUACUUUAUCGAAUCGAUAGAUCGAAUUCGAUUCGAUUAUUCCAUAAUUAUUAUCCGUAUUGGCAGUGCUAAUACAGUGUAAAUUUUCUUAUGCAUAAAAAACUAUAAGUGUAAUUGCACUCUUUAAGUACUCAUUGGUCUCUUUUUAUAACAGCGUAAACCCAAUUUGACAGAAAGAGACGAAAGUACGUUUUUUUAUUACACUGAUUUUUAUGAAUUUUGUAUGUACAAAGAAUGCUAUUAAUGCAUCAUUGAAAGAUCUAAGCAAUUGAAUAAAAAUAUAAAUAUAUUUAAUUCUAUAGAUAGUUGCGAACCAAGUCAAAGUCAACUAAGGCAAACCAACCAAAUUCCAGUAAUUCCAACAUUUUAGGGAAUGUGACGUUAAAUCGAGUGAAUUUAUAUAAAGUUUACACUAUAAUAGCAUUGACUAGCGAAUGUUUCGAGAGUUUGUUUCCUAAGAGAACUUUUUUUGGCUUGUGAGGUAAAACGCCUUGUACAAAUUUGUGUAAAGAAGUAAUAGUCGAAAUACCGUAGAACAUUCAUACUUUCCAUAUUUUUGGCUCAAAAUUAUAAUUCCUAAUUUUCUUAGUUUAGUUAAAAACUUGUACAGUAUUUCAAUUCUUGCGCUAGUUGUAAUAUGAUCCUUAAUGGAGUAAGGAUAAGAUACAUUUUGUCUUGAGCUGUGUAUAGAUUUAGGUUAACUUUCGCUUACAGUGAAACCGCUUUUUAGAAAUAACGCCAUAAUCCUCGCUUUUUAUGUUAUGUUCAAAUCCUGAGUUAUUUCUAACGGCCCGUUUUCUUUGAAAACGUUUAAAACGGACCAAUGAACAAAGAACAUCGGUCGGUCUGUAUUAGAAUAUUUCUGUAAAUAAUUAUUAGUAAACGAAUUUUGAGGGUAUUAAGAAAAUAUUUUUAUAACAUUUUCAGCGUUUUGAAACUAGAUGGCGUUGUGUUCAAUUAAACGCAAUAAUAAUUGAUUUUUUUUAACAAAUUAGCUAGCUAGCUAGCUUGAACUUUUACUGUAAUUAUAAGAAUAUAAAACGUGUAAAGAAAAAGCUUCUACAUAGAAGUUAUGAAUUAGAACUUUGAUAAUUUUUCAAAGAUAUGAUAUGACCCUAAUUUGUACCAAUUUCUUUAAUUUUCUUCAAGCGUUUAGGUUUAACUUAAUAAUAGGGUUAUACUCAGGCAUUCUCUUGUUUUAAACGGCUAUGGUUCAUAAAAAUUAUUUUUAUUAAAAAUAUUUAAUAACAUAUUGAUUCAGUUCUUGGAUCAUAUUUUAAUAUAUUUUUUAUUUUCAACUAUACCGUUAAUUUUUCUGUCAGAUCAGAGGAUGAACCACAAACCAAUUGCAAUAAAGCUCUAGAAGUCUGACACAAUAACUGCUUUUGGUAUAGAAUAUAUGAAAAAUCUUUUUGUGCGUAAAACGACUGGUAUUGACAAAAACUAAAUCCCUCUGCCCGGAGCUUGCAGGUUCAUGGCCUCAUACAAAAAGAUUUACGUUCAGGCUGGUAUUAACGAUAAAUGAUAGUUAUUGUUGAUUAAAUUUAUAGAACCUUAUAAGUAGACUAAGUUUAAAUGUAAGGUAAUGAUUUACCAAUAAAGUGAUAUGAAUAAUAA